AUGGACUGUGAGGGGGAGAGUCAGUCCGAUAGCCAGAUUGAGGCUCAUAUCAAUGAUCUCAAAGAACAACUAGCCAAAGCAGAGGCGCAACUCACCCAAGCCCGAUCUCGCGCAUCGACCGUGCCCGUGGGAAAGUCGCAGCCAGUCAUCAAACACGCACCGAUCAGAGUGCCACAAUACCUCACUGACAGCCAGCGGCCUGGGCCAGCCCACAUAUCACCAGGGAACCACUUCCUCCUCCUGCUCUCGGACUCGGCCCUGCCCCUCGGCUCUUUCGCCUUCAGCUCCGGCCUCGAGUCCUACCUCGCGCACACCACCCCUCGCGCGGCGCAGGGUAGCAGCAGCCCCUCCUCCUUUACCGCGUCCUUCCUGCCGCUCUCCGUCGCCUCCUACGCCUCCACCACCCUGCCCUUCGUCCUCGCCGCCCACCGCCAACCGAGCCGCCUGCCCGCCCUCGACGACGCUCUCGACGCCGCCAUCGUCUGCACCGUCGGCCGGCGCGCUUCCACGGCCCAGGGCCGCGCCCUGCUCUCCAUCUGGGAGCGCUCGCUCGGCCCACACGCCGCCGCCGCCGCCGCCUCCUCCUCCGUCCUGCGCGACUUUGCCGCGCUGCUCCGCGGUCCUCCCGGCGGGACGACUACCGCCGACGUCGACGACGACGAUCUGCCGCCGCCCGUGUCGGCGCACCUGCCGCCGCUCUUUGGGGUGGUGGCCGGCCUGCUCGGCCUGGAGCUGUACCAGACGGCGUACGUGUUCCUGCUAUCGCACGUCAAGGCGCUCGUGUCGGCGGCGGUGCGGGCGGGCAUCCUGGGGCCAUACCAGGCGCAGAAGAUCCUCGCCAGCGGACAGGUGCAGGACCUCGUCGCGACGUCGGUGCAGCGCGAGUGGGGGACCGAGAUCGAGGAGGCCGGGCAGAGCGUGCCUGUCAUGGACCUCUGGGUUGGGAGGCACGAGAUGUUGUACUCGAGGAUCUUCAACAGCUGA